UUUCUCUCUCUCUCUCUCUCUCUGGAAGAAAUACACUCAUAUUGCAUUGAAGAUGAGCAGCACUUGUGCUGAGCAACACAAGCUAAACAGGGGACCCCAAGUCAGAAGAAGCCUCCCCAUCGUCGUUGAGGCAUGACUCGAUGCAAGAACAUUCGGAUGCGUUGUCAUCCUCCAUGUGGUCAAAAGUAGAGGCUUUGAAGCUUACCCACACUUGGAAGUCACGCUCCAGUUCCGCGAGUCUCUGCUCAAGGUGUUGCAAAUGGUGGGGCUUCGAUGGAUGGGAUGCAACCUCGGCUGAAAGGAGAUUUUUGGCGAACACGAACUUUUGAUGGAUUUCUUCGAGGAGGAGUUCGGAGCACUGGGUCGUGACAGGGAUAGACAAAACAUGUAUGAGUUCAGAUUCGACUUCCUGAAGCCUUUUCUGCAAGAUUGAGUAUCUCUUUCUCAUUUUUUUUCUUUUGCUCCCCGUCUAUCGAUCGGUUAUUCUCCUUCUUUUGAAGUUGGCCGGAGACCUGUAAUUAUCGUGCCAGAUAACGGUUACAAAUUCUGGGAGUUAUAUGUAUGCGACGGUUAUUCUUCUUCUUCUUCUUCACCAAACACAACUAUUUUAAGACUCAUUAACAUUUCAGCUCCUGCGGAUGUAUGGGUACGAUGUAUCAUCCAUUGUGUGUCUGAAUCCAAGUUACAAGCCCACCGGCAAGUGGGGAAUCAAAUGCUCUGUUUUAGACCCCCAAAACAGAGCAUUUGAUUUAUAAGGAAAAUAUAGUUGUAGAAAAAAAACAUGUGCAGUUUUAUUGUUUCCAAAGCGCUUCUUUGUCCUUCGUCCUAGAGUCUGUGGAGGAGUCGGCAGCAGAUGGAGAUGCUGCAGAGGUCUUUGCUGGUAAAACCGCCGCUUUUGAUACCGAGUUCAAGGAUUCGCCUCCACAGCUUGUCUGGUAAGAUCGACAUUUUGCUCUUCUGCGUGCGUCCACAAAAGGAACGAAUAAAGUCUUUGUGUCGUAUUCCUUCGCUUUUCCCUUUCCCCCAUCAUUGCUUAGGAAAAAAUUAGUCCUUGCGUCGGAUCGACUCCGUAGCUUUGGGUUCUAUUCAUUAGCUUUCUUCGAUUUUAUUAAAGUUUUGAUGGGUUGGGUCAUGAUACUUCAGUCGGGUGCUGGUGACUACUCAGGUGGGUGCUUGUGACGAUCUGGCGGCAUUCUCUCCGGUAGAGGCGGUGUCGUUGGCGUAAAAAUUGUGUUUCCUUUUUUUUUUUUGUAUUUUUCUUUUUCAGAAUCCUUUAACAACAAAGAUGAGGGAAAAAAAUGGGAGAAAGAAGUGUUAAACGGCAGGUGAGGCGCACAUGGCACAUUGACCAUUUAAGUUAACACCUCAUACCGACGAAAGGGGAGAAAAUGAGUAACUUUAGUAGUUGAAUGCUCUAUUUUGGUCAAGUUGGUAGUUCAUAAUGGAUUUAUGCAAAAAUUGGUAGUUCAUGGAGAAAAGGUUCCAUGUGGAUUCCCUAGUUUGGAAGAAUUGAGAAUCGCCUACAUGGUUAACUUGAAAAUUACAUGGCACAACAACUUCACUGUAGAUUCCUUUUUCAACCCAAAGGCAAUGAAAGUUGAGUUUUGUGAGAAUCUUAUUGUUCAAGAAACAUUUGCUAUUACAGCCACUCAAUUAAAAGAAUUGCAUCUUCUUCAUCUUCCAAAACUGAAGCAUAUAUGGAAUAAGGACCCUCAAGAAAUUUUAAGCUUUCAAAAUCCACUUGAAGUACAUGCUAUGGGAUGUGAGAGCUUGGAAACUCCCCUUCCAGGUGCUGAGGAAGACUUUCCUGAAAGUCAGAAAGUUGAGUUUGACGAUCAUGGCCGAGUCAAGGAAAUUGUUCUGAGGUUCCAAAACUCGAGUGUUUUCCCCCAGGAGUCCAUACUUCAGAUUGGCCGCUGUUGAAAGAAUUUGACCUGUAUUAAUGUUAAUUAUCAAGCUAAGGAAUUUGCUACAA